UAGGGACAAAGGGGGUAUAAUACUAGACGGUGGAGGAGAGGUUAUUUAAGCUGCAUUUUUUUAAUUAAGAAGCAAAAGCUGAUUCUGAUUGUCUUUUUAUCUCCAAAAUGGAUUGGAAUAAUGGGUGGGAACGAAGACCCACACCUAUUGUUCCCUCCUUUGCUUGUUUGUUGGUGGAGGUAAAAGUGCCUUGUAAGUUCCUACCACUGCCCUUUCUUUCUUUCUUUCUUCCUUUCUCUGAUUCUGGUUUUCUCUAUAACUUGCUUGCAAACACCAACUCGCUCUUUUCAAGACAUGGACAAUUCAACUUCACCCACUGGGAGAAUUCAUUCCUGCCCUGCUCUCAAGUCCAUCACUAAUAAAGUUGGAAGCAUGCUAUGCCGUUGUAGUUGCAAUACUAGUACUAACAAAUAUAGGAGGUUGGAUGCCAAACUUGCAAGGAAAAUAAUAGAGCUUAGACAACAAACUUCCGGUUCAGUACACGAUAACAAACAAUUCAGAUCAAUUAACAGUAUCAUUAUCAAGUUUCCACAGUUGAAAGAGCAAGUCAAGAACCUUAGAGGUGUGUUUGAGCACUACGAUGAAGAUUGUAAUGGAAGUAUCGAUCGUGAGGAGCUUAAGAAAUGCUUGACGGAAUUGCAAGUCAAUCUAACAGAGCAGGAGUUUGAUGAUCUUUUCCAUUCGUGUGAUGUUGAUAGGAGUGGCCACAUACAAUUUAACGAGUUCAUUGUUCUCCUCUGUCUCAUUUACCUCUUAACUAAACCUUCCAGCUCCACUGGCACUGUGUUGAGGAUGGGAUCACCUCACUUGGAAUCAAUCUUUGACAAAAUCGUUGAAGUAUUUUUCUAUAUGGACAAAAAUGGUGACGGAAAAUUGAACAAGAAAGAUAUUGUUGCUGCAUUUACUGACGCUCCUACAGAGAGAUCACCUUCACAUGUCACUAGGACUAGAUUUAUGGAGAUGGACAAGGACAAAGACGGGAAUGUCAGUUUCAGAGAGUUUCUUUUCGGUUUAACUAGUUGGCUCGGGAUUGAUUCUGAUGAAGAAAUCCCUGUCUUUGAAGUGUAAUAUCAAUGAUUAUCUGAACUAAAUAAUACUGAAUUCAGGUCAGC